GCGAUGCCGCCAGCUGCGGAGGCUGCCGCACAGCUGGAGCCACCGCGGUCACCUGCCGGGCGCCGUCGCCCUUGCGCUCCCGCUGCCCGGCCCGCGGCCCGCGGACUUUGCGGAGGGCGCCCGGCGUAGGCGGCGGCGGGUGUGGGCCGAGCCGGUAUUUAUAGCUCGGUGACAGCAGCGGCGGCGGAGACACCGCCGGUCCGUCUCGCCGCGCUUCCUAGCGAGGCCGCGGGCGCGGCUGUGCCCCAUCCGGUCUCCGGCGUGCAGGCGUCCCGAGCCCGCGCGGCCCCUUCGGUAAACAACGGAAUUCACGUUUUGAAGGAUGGGUAAAGACUUCCGUUAUUAUUUCCAGCACCCCUGGUCUCGCCUGAUUGUGGCUUACUUGGUGAUCUUCUUCAACUUCUUAAUAUUUGCGGAGGACCCAGUUUCUCAUAGCCAAACAGAAGCCAAUGUUAUUGUUGUUGGAAACUGUUUUUCAUUUGUAACAAAUAAAUACCCCAGAGGAGUUAGCUGGAGGCUCCUGAAGGUGCUACUAUGGCUACUCGCCAUUCUCAUAGGACUAAUAGCUGGCAAAUUUCUGUUCCACCAGCGUUUGUUUGGUCAGUUGCUCCGGUUAAAAAUGUUUCGAGAGGAUCACGGGUCGUGGAUGACAAUGUUCUUCAGCACGAUUCUCUUUCUCUUCAUAUUUUCUCACAUAUACAACAUGAUUCUUCUCAUGGAUGGGAACAUGGGAGCAUAUAUCAUUACAGACUAUAUGGGCAUCCGAAAUGAAAGUUUCAUGAAAGUAGCUGCUGUAGGGACCUGGAUGGGGGACUUUGUCACAGCUUGGAUGGUCACUGAUAUGAUGCUUCAGGACAAACCCUAUCCUGAUUGGGGGAAAUCUGCGAGAGCUUUCUGGAAGAAAGGAAAUGUUAGGAUCAUUUUAUUCUGGACGGUUCUGUUCACUCUGACUUCUGUGGUUGUACUCAUCAUUACAACGGACUGGAUCAGUUGGGACAAGUUGAAUCGGGGAUUUUUGCCUAGUGAUGAAGUUUCCAGAGCUUUCCUGGCUUCUUUCAUCUUGGUCUUUGACCUCCUGAUUGUCAUGCAGGACUGGGAAUUCCCACAUUUCAUGGGAGACGUUGAUGUAAAUCUCCCCGGCUUGCAUACGCCUCACAUGCAGUUCAAGAUUCCCUUAUUCCAGAAGAUCUUCAAGGAAGAAUAUCGCAUUCACAUAACAGGUAAAUGGUUUAACUAUGGGAUUAUCUUUCUCGUCUUGAUUUUGGAUCUUAAUAUGUGGAAGAACCAGAUAUUUUAUAAGCCUCAUGAAUAUGGACAGUAUAUUGGCCCAGGGCAGAAGAUAUAUACAGUUAAAGACUUAGAAAGUUUAAAGGAUUUGAACAGAACCAAGCUAUCCUGGGAAUGGAGGUCCAAUCAUACUAAUCCUCAAACGAAUAAGACGUAUGUUGAAGGAGACAUGUUCCUCCACAGCAGGUUCACAGGGGCUAGCCUUGAUGUCAAGUGUAUGGCUUUUGUUCCAAGUUUGAUAGCUUUUGUGUGGUUUGGAUUCUUCAUUUGGUUCUUUGGACGGUUUUUGAAAAAUGAGCCAGGCAUGGAGAAUCAAGACAAAACUUAUACUCGCAUGAAAAGAAAAUCCCCAUCAGAACAUAGCAAAGACAUGGGAAUCACUCGAGAAAACACCCAGGCCUCAGUGGAAGACCCUUUGAAUGACCCUUCUUUGGUUUGCAUCCGGUCCGACCUCAAUGAGAUUGUCUUCAAGUCUUCCCACCUAACGUCUGAAAACUUGAGCUCGCAUUUGAAUGAGCCUACCAGCGCGACAGAGGCUGACCCUGAUGCGACAACUUCAAAAAGUACACCCACGAACUAGAUUCACUUACUUGGAUACAGCAAAAAAAGCAACCCUGAGUGUACCUUUCAAUAAUUAGUCUUUCUUUUUGUAAAUGUAAGGUCUGCUUAGUGUUAGGUAGAGAAAUACAAACAAUGCCACAACGGUGCUCAACAUGCUUUUUCUAGGACUCAUUGUUUUCUAUUUGUAUGAUGAUACACGUGCCUACUAUAUAUCCAACAACCCUCUAGAGAUUGCUUUUCACAAUUGCACAAGCUAUUUACUGACUUUACGGCGUAGUAGAAGAUUAGCUGAUUACCUGUGUAUCUGAUGUUCAACCAUAGUGGUGCCUUGAGACAUUAAACUGUUUUUAACUGUA